UUUUUCGUUGUUUUGUUUUUGUUGUUCAACUUGAAAAUUUAAAAAAUGAAAAAUUCAAAUUAUCUAAUUAAUCUUUGGUUUUUAUUGCUAUUUUUUCAUGUCAUCAUCAUUCUGAUAAUAAAUGUUGAUGCAAAAAAGAAACGUGGUGAUAUUAUUAUUAUCAGUGGACAUCAUAAUGAUCAUCAUGAUUUUAUACCAAUACCGAUACAUAUACCAAUACAUAAACCCAUUUAUAAAUAUUAUCACCAUCAUCCAAUUUUAAUGCAAUCAGGUGGUAUGGGCGGAAAAUUUGGUGGAUUUGGAUCCGAAAUGGGAUUAGGUGGUGGUGGCAUGGGUGGCAUGGGUGGAAUUGGUAGCAUGGGUGGUAUUGGCGGCGGUGGCAUGGGUGGUAUGGGUGAUAAUUUUAUGGGCGGUUUUCGUUGAAUAAAGUCCAAACAGAAUAAUAAUUUAUCAUCAUUUUCUCGGAUUUAUGGAUUAUCAUCAUCAUUUUAUUCAUCCAGACAGGCAAAAUACAAAAAAAAACUGCU